UGUCCGUCGAUGUUAUAAUUCCUACCGGUCCUUUAUAUGGCUAGCUCGGGAUAUAGCUAGCUUAGCUAGCUAGCUAUUGUUAUUCUUCGAUUUUCUCGUCACGUAUGGUAGGGUGUUUUAUUUAUGUAUGAAACCAAAACAAACUUUGCUUAGUAGGUAUAAAUGUGCAAUAGUCACCUAAGCUAUUUGAGGAACUACAUGGAAAACAUACCUGUCCUCUUGCUAGCUAGCUUGCUAACUCGCUGAGUAAGUGAGCUAACUAGUCAUAUUAGCUAGGAUAGCUGUGUUAGCUGUUACGGAAGCAAACAGGCUUGUUUCACAUAGUGAAAAUAGCUUGUUUUGCUUUUGUUAUAUUAGAUGCAUGUGAGAGGUUUGCUAUGUAAAUAUGGUUGCAUUUGAGUGCUGUAUCCCAUGUGGGAAGUAAAUUAGCUAGGGUUAGCUAGCUUUAGCUAGCUAUACUGCAUAGUUAACUAGCCAAGUUAACUAAGCGGAUUGUUAGCUAAAUCUCACCCAUUUCACGGUUGCGUGUUAAAGCCUACUUUUGAGGUUGAUAAAAAUGGAUUCUUUGGAUCAAAUGCUUACGGACCCCUUGGACUCAGGAAUGGACAACGAUGCUUGUGUAAUGGAGGAAUGCAUGUUGGGAAACUGCAGAGUUCGUAUUCCAGAAGAUAUUCUAGAGGACCCAGAGAUUUUCUUCUCUGUGAUGAGUGAAAGUACAUGGUCUGAGGUUCUAACAGAUGCACAGAGACAACAUCUCCGCCAGCUUCUACCUCACUUUCCAGAGAAUAACAUUUCGGAACAAGACCGUGUCAUCAGGGACUUCUUCAACAGCCAGAAUUUCUGCUUUGGCAACCCCCUGCACCUUGCUCAGAAACUCUUCAGAGAUGGCUACUUUAACCCAGAGGUGGUCAAGUACAGGCAACUCUGUGCAAAGUCCCAGAGAAAAAGGCACAUCUACUCCCUCCAGCAGUACUACCACAAACUACUUAAGCAAAUUCUUGUCUCAAGAAAGGAGUUGCUGGAUCUGGCGAUUCGCAGUGGUCCUGAGCUAUCUGUGAAACAACGUUACCCUAUUCCUUCCCACAAGGAGGCACAAGAACAGCGUGUCAGGUGCAGAGUGAGCCGGAUACUGCGGGAGGUAAAGGCUGAGUGUGGGGACAGCAACGUGUCCUCUGAUGAAGAUGACACUGCAUCUUGGUUGCCAGUCCCUCAGUCACCCUCUUCCCCAACUCCAAUUCCAACAAUCUCUCUCCGGGUUCUGCCUAGCCUCUCCACACAGGACAUGAAGACCAUAGACAGGACAGAGUUGGAAGAGAAGGACUUGAGAGCCAUGCUCAGAAGACACAGAGAGAAGAGGAAACGACAACCAGAUCAUCCUGACUUAAUGACAUCUGACCUGCACCUUGGUGAUAUCAUGACACGUGUAAAUAUAGGAAAAAAAGGAUCCAUUAUGGCCUUAUUUGACCUGGCUUUGCCCAAAAAGAAGAUGAGGGAAGAGAAGAGGCGGCGGAAGAUGAGGCCCAUUAAAAUGGAAUCUGACGAUGGCUGUGAUGGUCAAACACCAGCAGCCUCCAUGGUAGCUGCCGCUCUCUCUGACAACAUGGCCACUCCUCUACAGAGCGUUAAGGAAGAACCUCUGGAGGAGUCCCAAAACAGCCCUGACAUGGUGGAAGAAAUAGCUGUUAGCUUCUUUCAUCUGCUGGAAGACAUGCUUAGGCAGGAGUGCCUGGCCUCCUCUUCCCUGCUAGAGGAGAAGGUGCAGCAGUGGCAGGCAUCUCCUGCUAGUGCACUCAACCCCUGGUUCUCCAUAGCCCCUUGUUGGUCAGAUCUGGUAGUGCCUGGCUUGCAGUUUUUAGCUGGGGAGAAUAAGUCUGUCUCUAUGCCCAGUGGCUUCACUCCUUACGUGGAAUUCAGGGAGCUCUCUCAGCAGUGGAAAUGGACUGGACCAAGCCAGGACACAGAGAAAGAUCUCAGUGCACUUUGCCUUCUUUGGCUUGAGUCAAAAGACCAUGUAGUAGUCAAGCAGGAAGGAGAAGAACCAGCUGAGCUGACUCCACCAGCACCUAGAGUGUGGACCGAUUAUGUGGUGCGGCCCAGUACAGGAGAGGAGCGGCAUGUCUUUCAAGAGCAGGAACAGCGCCGCUAUGACCAGCCUCACAAAGCCUUCACCUUCCGCAUGCACGGCUUUGAGUCCGUAGUGGGGCCUGUCAAAGGAGUUUUCGACAAGGAGACAUCUCUCAACAAAGCUCGUGAGCACUCUCUGCUGCGCUCUGACCGCCCAGCCUACGUCACCAUCCUCUCUCUGGUGCGGGAUGCUGCUGCCCGGCUGCCCAACGGUGAAGGUACACGAGCUGAGAUCUGUGAGCUGCUAAAGGAUUCCCAGUUCCUGGCCCCUGACGUCACUAGCGCACAGGUUAAUACAGUUGUGAGCGGGGCUCUUGACCGCCUCCACUACGAGAAGGACCCGUGUGUGAAGUACGACAUUGGCCGCAAGCUGUGGAUCUACCUGCAUAGAGACCGGAGUCAGGAGGAGUUUGAGAGAAUCCACCAGGCCCAGGCAGCUGCUGCCAAAGCACGAAAAGCCCUGCAGCAGAAGCCCAAACCCACCCCCAAGCCAAAGUCGAGCAGCAAAGAAACAGGAACUAAGAGUGGCCUUACAGAGGGCCAGAGCUCUGGGCCCGAGGGAGCUUCUACACCUGUGACCAGCUUCCCUCAACCUCCCAGCACCCCGACACCAAGCACACCAGGCACCCCCAAGUCCCCACUUCCCCCGGUUGUGUCAACACCAACCAAAGCAGGCAUUCCCGAUUCUGUCAAAACCAGCCCCAGUGUUCUGCUGGUAUCUCCUCCAUCCAUGCCUCAGCUGGGCACCCUGCUGUCUGCUGGUCAGGCAGCCCCCCAGGCUUCUCAGCAGGCCUCUGUGCAGCCUGCAGCUCGAGUAGUUGCUCACUCUGCUGCUGCGGGCUCUCUGCCUCAGGUGCGCGUGGUCACGGCUCAGCCGGGUCUACCCGCUGCCUCCGCCAGCCAGACGACUGCGCUCAUUCACCAGACCCCCCACCACAUCAGACUACCUGUCACCAUGACCCACAACAAGGGCAUUGCACAGACUGUGGUGACUCUGCCUUUGAGGAGCCAAUCCACUGGCAGUCCUAUCCAGGUGCAGGCCUCACGACCUCAGGCAGGCCUCUCAGUCCCCGGCCUGGCCUCAGCUGUGGCGGUCAGUAAAGCCCAGACCAGCUCCCCAGGAAGCCCCGCUCCCAACACCGCUUCACCCGCCAUACUCCAGGCAGUCACCAGCCAGAACAUCAUUAAACAGGUUGCCAUCACUGGUCAGCUGGGCGUGAAGACCCAGAAUGCGGCAGGCAUUCCCCUGACCGCCACCAACCUGCGCAUUCAGGGCAAAGACGUCCUGCGUCUGCCGCCCUCCUCCAUCACCACAGAUGCUAAAGGACAGACGGUGCUCCGCAUCACCCCGGACAUGAUGGCCACGCUCAAACUCACCCCAGAUAUGCUGGCUAGUGCCACCAGUGCCACUGCCAAGGGCAUCUCUGCCACCCUGCAUGUGACUCCACCCCAGGCAUCUCCCCCUGCCACCUCCAACCCUGUACCUGCCACCACUGCUGACACCCUGGCUGCCAAAGCCCCCUCCUCCCUGGGGCCUCCAGGGGCAACCACCCUCGUCAAGGUGCACCCUGAGCUGAAGGCCACAUGUGACGCUGCCAUCCGCCUCAUGCCUGCCUUGGCUGUCACCAAAGCACCCACUUUCUCCACUCUCACCACCUCCGAGUCCAAAGCUGGCGGCACCACCAUCCGCAUAGUGCCCAACCUGGGAGUGAUCCCUCAGAAGCAGGGCCAGACUGUUACAGUGAACACCACUACCACGAGCACCAGGCCCGCCACAGCUUCCUCGGGCACGGCGACGGUCACUAUCGCCACCAGUAGCGUGGCGGGAGCUAAAGGUGUGGCACUGGGCCCCAGUGUCACAGGCUCUCCUCUCUCCCUAGGCACGGCUGCAGCCGCUGUCAGACAAGUGCCUGGGAAAUUGCCUGCAAGGAUCACAGUUCCACUGUCUGUCCUUAGCCAGCCUCUGAAGAACAAGAAUGUGGUCCCUACACCUAUACUGAAAGGCAACAUCAGUACUAAUAUCGGUAAUCUAGGCAGGAACAUCAUCCUGACGACCAUGCCAGCAGGCACCAAGCUCAUCGCUGGAAACAAGCCUGUCAGCUUCGUCACAGCUCAGCAGUUGCAACAGCUACAGCAGCAAGGCCAAGCCACGCAGGUGCGUAUCCAGACCGUCCCAGCCCAACAACUACAGCAGCACUCAGCAGCCAGCUCACCCAAAUCCACAGUGUCUACAGUGGUGGUUUCUACUGCCCCCUCCCCUAAAACAGCUCCUGACCCACAGUGAUGCUGCCUGAGACUGCCAGGAGUUGAAACUCCACUACUGCUGGGGGAGUGAGAUGUACAGGCAUUAGGCUGCACAGCAGUAGUCUACACAGCAGACUAUGGUGAAUAUUAAACCAGAGUACCAGCACCUUAUCAUGCUGUGGAAAGCCAGUGCUUGCCAGAACUAUGUGAAAUUAGACAAGUGAGAAAUGCUUGGUGUUUUGCUUUCUAACUGACAAGGCUGUGUAAGUCAACUUCUAUCAGACUUUUCAAGGACAGUGUGCAAAGUAGAAUUUAGGUUCAUUUCCAGUGGUAGGGGCCUUUUGAGAGCUCUAUCACAUAUGAAAAGGUUUAAGACUACCACAAACAGACUACUUUAAAACUGUCAGACCAUGACCUUUACAGUAGUAAGCAGAUUCUUGUGAUCUGAAUGACCUCCAUUUUGUAUGUUGUGUGAUAUAGGGAGAUGGUUGAUACUUGUGUACUUUUUUUUUUUCUAAAAAAAAAAAAAAGAAAAUCCUAGUUUAAUUCUAAAAUGAUUAAUAUUGCUUAUAUGUGAUGUUUCAUCAUAAAUAAAUAACUCAUAAAUAAAUAAUGCUAACAGUAAAUAUAACCUCAGAUACAGUAUGGAAAAUGGUAGCUAGAUAUUUUUGAGGGCUUAAUUUUGAAAUCCACUUUAUUUUUGAGGGCCACUUACAUAUUGCCAAUGUGCAUUUAUAAUAGAAAGUGGGAAGUUUGUCUUGACCAACUUUGGCAUUGAAGCUCUGUUCGCAGAUGAAGUUCUUGAUACAACAAUCUAUAUUUGACCUUAACAUAUUAUUAAUCAGAUAAUACUAUUCAAUAAUUGUAACCACAAGGAUCAUUUCUAUAUACACAUUAAUAGAAACGCAGUGCCUUUAAUUAGUGGCUAUCUUACUCAUUCUCACAAAAGUGAUAGUCACAGGUAAA